GUCCUGGUGAAUGGUGAGGCAGUGCGGACCAAUGGGAGGGCAGCGGUGAGGAUGCAACAGUGAUCCAGGAAAAAGCAGCCCAUUGUUCCUGGGACGUCGGAGAAGUGUGACCACCCUCCCUCCCGCCGGCUCUGCCUGCUCGACCCAACCGCUCACUGAAGGACUCACGACUCCGGUGACAGGUAUGAGUGGGGGAGUCAAUGUGAAGUCGUCCCCUCGUGGGCCUCCCUCGUCGGGAAUCCCUCUCCCACGUAGCCUUUUGCCCUCUUCCCCCAAAGCAGACCCUCGCCGCCGGGCUAGUGACCUGCCCAGGCCCUCAAGUCAAACUCCUAAAUACACUCCUACGCACACUCCCACCCACACACCCACGCACACACCCACUCAAUCUCCUUCUCUUUGCCCACGGAGCUCCAGCAUCCCUGGCCCAUCCUCCAGGGACCUGCUGAGAGAUGCUAGCCUGAAAAGCCAACUCUUCCAGCGAACAGUAAAUCUAGCCGCUCCCCUGGUGUCCCGCUCUGCCUACAGCAGUCCGCUGACCCAGCGGCGACCACCACCACACUCCAAAGACACACUGGAUCUGGGAAAACCUGCUGUGCCUCAAACCUCAACACAGUUACCACAUAAUGGCAAUCACAAUAGAAACACCUUCAGCAAUAAGAACCAAGCAUGGGGAGCCAGUAACCAGUGUCCACAGCAACAGUUCAGCACAGGCGACAACUACAACUCUGAAACAGCAGCAGAGGCCAUGCCCAGAAGAGAAGAUCCUCCAGAAAACCAGUCAGCCCAUUCCACCAUGUUCAACAACGGUAACCUCCGCCCGUCUCUCGCUCACACGAUCUAUGAACACGCCAUCAGAGGUCGCAGCAACUCCAUGAGCCAGUCCGAUGAGGAGAUGGGGACCUCUGAGGACAGCAGUCCGGCCUCCUCUCCCAGGCCCCUGCCACUGCCGCCCAUCACAUUCACACAGCCGGGGACGUUAAAGAUGGCUGUUGAUACUCAGGAUCAAAAGCUGGACAAGGAUGCUGCGUCCACAGAGAUACCAAGAGUCAACAUGGCUACUGUGGCCCCCUUCAGCUACAGGCUGCAGGUGCAGGAGGGAGACUUUUCAGUGGAUGAGCUGAGUGACUGCUCCUCUGGAUCCAUAGAAGUCUUCUGCGAUGACCUCACACCAGGGGGGAUGCUGGAGGCUAAUGUGGCUAGCAUUAGCAUGACGGCGAAGCCCAGAGACCUGAACCUCAGGUCUGCUGCUGCUGUCUCCUGCCAGGAUACUUCAGCACAGGCCAUGUCCUCUAGGAAGCCCCCGCCCAAGCCCUCUGCUCUGCCCCAGGGACCCUCGCGUCCCUCCGGGUCAGAGCUCAAAGUCUACCGUCCCUCCUCGGGAUCUAUCCCAAUCUCCAUCCCCAAUCCAUCCGGCCUCCGCAAGCAGCGAUCACUCAACAACUUAUGUGUGCUCACUGAUGCUGAGAAGAAGCUGCACCUGUACCAGUCUCCACGGUGGAAUGAUUGUACAAACCGGCCUGGCGCUGGCGCCAACAAGGCGGGACAGACUAAAGCAGGUCCGGCUGCGGCUGGGAGACCGCCUCUCUCUCGGACCCUUUCGAAGUCAGAACAGUCUCUUUUCCAAGGAAAACACAAACCUCUCUGCUCCACGGCUGUCACUCCCAACACUGGCAAGCCGAGUCGAAUCCCCGCCCCUGGUAAACCAAGGGGACCUUAUGCUGAGGUUAAGCCCAUCAGCAAGGCCUCUGAGGUGGGACAGAGUGCAGACAUAGACCCCGCUGACCACCCAAUUAAAGCUAACUCCAAUGGAGCUGGGAGCACGGGGACUAAUGGGAAGAAGGUGAGAUCUACAUCUCUGUCGACAGAGGACAAGAAAGAGAGGAAAGGGAUAGAGGGGGAAGACGACAAGAGCUUCCUGAAGGUGGACCCAGAGUUGGUGGUGACGGUGCUUGGGGACCUGGAGCAGUUACUCUUCAGCCAAAUCCUCGACCCGGAGUCGCAGAGGAAGAGAACGGUGCAAAAUGUUCUGGACCUUCGACAGAACUUGGAGGAGACCAUGACAAGCCUGAGAGGGGUGCAGCUCAGCCACAGCUGUGUGGAGGGGACCAUGUGCUACGACAGCGACGAAGCUGCCGCCUUCUCCGUCUCCAGUCUUUCGAACCGCUCCUCUCCGUUGUCAUGGCGCCAGGGUCAAUCCAGCCCCCGUCUGCAGGCUGGGGACGCCCCGUCCACAGUUAACACCCAGGUGGACAUCCCCCGCCGGAUCAGCCACUCCUCUCGCAUCCACCUCAUCGAGGCCCUGGACGUCACAGACCCGUCCCUGCUGAAGGGAGACUACCUCAGUGACAGCGACCUCGGGGGGAAGAGCCAAAACGAGGAUGAUGAAGACGACGAUGAUAUUGAUGAUCUUGGGAACGGCUGGGAUGAGAGCAGCUCCAUCAGCAGCGGCCUCAGUGACGGCUCAGACAACCUGAGCUCCGAAGAGUUCAACACCAGUCCCACUCUCAACUCGCUUCCCACCACCCCCCUCGGCUCCCGCAGGAACUCAACCAUAGUGAUGCGUACAGAUGCAGAGAAGCGAUCUCUGGUGGAGAGCGGCAUUUCGUGGGACACCGAUGAUGCCAAACCGGGCUGCAAGAGCCAAGGCAGCAGCGUCUACAACACAGGAAGCCUCAAGUCCGAAUCGGCCAAUAAAUGGAAAAAGACGAGGCCGCAGCCCGGGGAGGGGCUGGAAGGAGGUAAAGGUGAACUGAAGAAGCCUCAAACCCUGGGUCAAGGAAACAUGUUGAGGAAAGGAAGAAACCCACCCGUGGGAGUCACAUCCCCGAUAACCCACACCUCUCAGAGUGGCCUGAAAGUGGCAGGUACAGUCCGAUCAGAUGGGAAGCCCAUGGAUAAGUCCAGGUUGGCAGUGAAGACUUCAGGGCUUCAGCGCUCCUCCUCUGAUGCUGGUAAAGAUCACAGGAAUGGCACUGGUGGUGGUGAACAGCGUAAACCACCAUCUGGCCUGGUCAGGCCCUCAACAGGUGGAAACUUUGGCUUCAAGAAGCAAACCACAGUCGCCCCUAACGGGACAAACCACGUCGGUGCAUCUGCUAUGAUUAGUACAGGUGGCAGUUCAAUACCCGGCGGCUCUGCAACUGUGGGGAAGGUUCCCAAAACAUCUGGUAUUCCUACCAAACCCGGGGCUGGUGGUGGCGGUGGUGGAGGACGGAAGACAAGUCUAGAUGUCUCAAGCAACGAUCACAGUAGUUUUCUGUCCCCAAAUGCCAGGACGUCUCUGCAAUACCGCUCUUUGCCUCGUCCUGCCAAGACAAGCACACUGACUCUAACCCGGCCGAGCUCCGCACGACCAGUAAGCACCACCAUGGACACAGGCUGUGGACUGAUCAAACCCUCCUCUACAACACUUCAGGGCUCAAGGCUCAAAGAGCCUGGUUCUGGAGCAGGGUUGAGUAAAGGAGGGAGCCGUGGGAUUCUAAGUCCUAGUCCUGUCAAUCAAACAGAUCGAGAGAAGGAGAAAGAGCGAGCCAAAGCUAAAGCUGUGGUCUCGGACUCUGAGUGCGGAGGUGGGUCCCUGAAGGGCAGCCCGGCUCAGACCCCCUCAGAGAACGGAGUGAAGCUUCAGGGCCUGAGACCCCCCAGCAGUGGUAAGGGCGUAGAUCUGCCCUCACCCAACACACACAGAUUAUCUGGAGUACGCAGCCUCGCUAAGCCUCCAUCCAUGGCUCAUCUCGAAAAGCUCAACUCCAACAGCCUGGAUAUUGGAAUUCAAGACUCACUGCCCCCAAAGAUCCCCCCCUACUCUAAGCUCCAGGACCUGGUGAGCUCAGCAGGCAGCCCCUGCCUCACUCCCAGCCCUGCCCCGUUACUCAAUGUGAACUCCUCGGCCUGCUUCUCGAGCUCCGGGAUGGGGCUGGGCCCGAGGCAGGUCUCGUCUCUCGGGGUGGAAGGGGGCAGGGGGAGCACUUCUCCCCUGCUUUACCCCCGUCUGUCUGGGCUACAUCGGAGCAUGGAGUCGUUGCCGCUGCAGAUGAGUCUGGCUCCUGAGCCCCAGGGAAGAGGGAAGAAUAGGGAGAGGGAGAGUUUGGUGAGAGGCUACACCACCUUAGAGUCCAGAGACAAAGAGAGACAGGAAGACAGAGGCCCUCCUCCCAGCUGGAGCUCUGGAAGUAAAGUCUCGCUGACUCUCACUGACAACUCUCAGAGAGACCGAAACACGCUGCCAAAGAAAGGUCUAAGCUGUGUCUCCCAGGUUGAGGAGGAAGGGAAGGAGAAAGGAGAGAGGAGGCACUCUCAUUCUAUUCUCAGUAUGACCGACUCGCUCACUCUUCCAUCGAUGUCUUCGCCCACCUCCCUGCCCCGCACCUCUAAGACCAGUAUGGUAAUACCCAGCCCAGUGGGCGGUCCUCCGAGGAUGACUCGAUCCAACAGCAUCCCAACACACGAUGCCUCUCUGGAGCUGUACGCAGCGUCUCCACUGGGCAGCACGCUGUCGCUGGCUGAGCGUCCACGCAGCAUGGGGAUGGUUCGCUCUGGAUCCUUCAGAGACAAGGAGUCCGACGAAGUUCAUGGGUCUGUGCUCUCACUGGCAUCCAACGCCUCCUCGAGCUACUCGUCGUGCACACUAGAGACAAGACUUUCUCCCUUGGCUGAGGAAAGGAUUCAGGGAGAGCAAAUCCGCAAGCUGAGGAGAGAGCUGGAAUCAUCACAGGAGAAGGUGUCAAACCUGACCACCCAGCUGACGGCAAACGCAAAUCUGGUGGCCGCCUUUGAGCAAAGUUUGACAUUGAUGACCACUCGGCUCCAGAGUCUGUCAGUGAGCCACGAGCAGAAGGACUCUGAGCUGGUGGAGCUGCGGGAGACCAUCGAAGACUUGAAGACCAAGAAUGAUGAGGCCCAGGCUGUUAUUCAUGUAGCUUUAAACAAUCCAGAUAACGAGAAAGAUGUGCAAAUUCGACGUCAGAACUCAUGUGAGAGCAUCUCAAGUCUCAACAGCCUGACCAGUUUGUCGAGUGUUGGCAGCUUUAAGGACCAAGACGCCAAGAAGAAGAAGAAAAAGAGCUGGCUGAGAAGCUCCUUCAACAAGGCGUUCAGCAUCAAGAAAGGCUCCAAAACCUACUCAGACAUCGAGGAAAUCGCCACCCCCGACUCCUCGGCUCCCAAUUCCCCAAAGAUGCUUCAUGAGGGGGAAGAGGGAGGGGAGCUUCAGUUUUCAGGCCUCAAAACCUCUGUCUCUGCCACCUCCUCUGUCAUCAUGGAGACAACAGAGGAGGGGGACGAGGAAGCAGCGGUGUCAGAUCUACGCUCAGAACUCUGGGUGAAAGAGAGGGAACUGACGGACAUCCGACUGGAGGCCUUAAACUCUGCUCAUCAGCUGGAGCAGCUCAGAGAUGCCAUGAACAACAUGCAGUCGACUGUAGAGAACCUGAAGGCGGAGAACGACCAUUUGAAAACAGGUGAGGUCCCAGGCUCUGGUCCAACCUCCUCCACCUCCACGCCUUCAGGCCUGGCCUCUCUCCUCGGACCCUCACUGAGGCAGCCAAUGACCAUGCCACUUACCAAGUCCUUCAGCCUCAGUCUGAAUGAUUGUAAAGAUCCAGACACGUCCUCAGUUGACAGGUUGAGUGUGUCUUCCUCAAGGGAUGAGGUGUGUGCACGAGUUCUGGUCGGCAUUGCAGAUCAAGCAGAGGUCAGUAAACAGCCACAGGAACAUUACUUGGGCUCAGUGCUGGUCAGUGCGAAGACGGACUGGACCUGUCUCGACUCUCUUAUCGCCAAGAUCUUCAAGGACUACCUGACUCAAGUGGACCCGACAGCCAGUCUGGGUCUGUCCUGUGAUUCGCUGCACACGUGCCAGCUGACCCAGGGAGUGCAGCGGGUGAUAGGGGGGGACAAACCUCAGGCCUCACCUUAUCGUUGUCUCAGCAGUGGUUCAGCUCGUAUAAUUGUCACCCUGAAAGGUCUUAGAGAGAAAUGCGUGGACUCACUUGUGUUUGAGACCCUGAUUCCUAAACCCAUGAUGCUGCACUACAUCAGUUUGCUGCUGAAACACAGGCGCCUGGUUCUGUCCGGGCCCAGUGGGACAGGGAAGACGUAUCUAGCCCAGCGUCUCGCCCACCACCUCCUGCAGCGCAGCCGGAUGGACUCAUCUGAGGCCGACCAGGAGACCUGUGUCCUGGGUUGUAGCUCCGCCGCCACCUUCAACAUGCACCGUCAGACACAGAAGGAGUUGCAGUUGUAUCUGUCCAACUUCGCAAAUCAGAUUGACAGAGAGACCGGAGGAGAGAUGCCAUUGGUUGUUAUCAUAGAUGACAUCAGUGAUCCAGCAGCCAUUACUGAGCUAGUUAACGGAGCGCUCACAUGCAAGUAUCACAAAUGUCCGUACAUCAUUGGAACAACCAAUCAGCCAGUGAGGAUGUCGUCCAACCACGGACUGCACCUCAGCUUCAGGAUGGUGAUGUUCUCCAACAACGUGGAACCAGCGAAUGGGUUCCUGGUGAGGUACCUGCACCGUAAAGCUGUGGAGGCCUACCAGGAGAAGGAGCAGGACUCAACACGCCAGGAAGCUCUCCUCCGUGUUCUCGACUGGAUUCCUCAGCUCUGGUACAACCUCCACACGUUCCUGGAGAAACACAGCACUUCAGACUUCCUCAUAGGUCCCUGCUUCUUCCUAUCGUGCCCAGUGACAGUGGCUGAGUUCAGGCAAUGGUUUAUAGAUCUGUGGAAUCACUCCAUCAUUCCAUACCUGCAAGAGGGAGCCAAAGAUGGAAUCAAGGUCCACGGGCAGAAGUCGGCAUGGGAGGAUCCGGUGGAGUGGGUGAGAGGCACCCUCCCGUGGCCCGACGCACAGCAAGACCAGUCCAAACUCUUUCACCUACCUCCCCCCAGCAUAGGUGCUCUCAGCGAGGAGAAGAAGCCGCCCAAAGAUACGCCUCCGCCCAGCACGCUGGAGUCCGACCCACUGAUGGCGAUGCUGCUGAAGCUGCAGGAGUCGGCCAACUACAUCGAGUCUCCGGAGCGCGAAGGCCUUCUGGAUCCCACUCUGCAGACGACACUCUGAGGACAACACGAGAAUGUCAGCCAAGCUGUGUGGAGCCACGGACUAUUUAUUCUUACGGCUGACACGGCGAGUGCAGUCCUGAUGAGACUUUAAAGACUCUAUCGUGAACUCUACUGUGUGCUCAGUGAGCAGUUCCAGAGCUACAUGUAAAGGAUUGACUGAGAGAGUGAUUAUGGACGCAGGGGUCGCUCUGCCCUGCUAUCACAACAUUGGAAAGACAAUUAACCUGCUCUUAUAGGAAGCUGUGAUGAUGAUCAUGUCAGGGAAACGAGAUUAUUGAUUAUUCUCUUCUCUGGCCCAAGUUUGUCCCAGAUUCGCUGCUUUUGGAUCUGCAAGUGCAUGGUAACCGGAAUAGUAUAAUUAAGUAUAAUCCUCCCGAUCAUGACCUAUCCACCAAAUGUUUUGUUUGACUCCACCACCUUAACUUCAGAUAUUUUGGUGCUCACUGAUUUUCUUCUAACGUGCUCCAUUUUCAGAAAGAAAAUUUCAGCUCAGAAGUAAAACGGUCUGAUUUCCUCAAAUGCAGGGUCGUCACUUGACAACAGCAAAAACAAAUUUAAAAAAAAUGCACUUUAUUUUCUACAUGUGAAAAUUGGAUUCAAGGAAGCUGUGUCAUUGAUUGUGCAUGGAAUGGAGGACUAUCAGUUUGGCCAAAUCAUGCAGUUCAGUAAAGAAUCCUCUAGAUGGCGGUCUCUACUGCUUUCUGCCUCAGUGCCAUCCUGGUGUUUAAUUUUCUCAAAGGUGCUCGGUAGAAAACAACACACAAACACACGUUCAAUUCCUCAACUAUAUAAAUGGCAUUGAAUGUUUCUUUUUCUUUUGAGUUCAGCCAUAUUGUUAAUCAUGGAUCAAAUAACAGCCCUGAGAAACUAAGAGAGAUACGCAUGGGUGAAUAAUGAAUUGAAAAUCAGUUUAAGGGCGAGUCUGUGCAGAAAACACCAUCGUCAUAGCCAGUGGUUUAUCCAGUAAUGUGCUAAUGAUAUUGUAAACAGAACAUAAAAAACAAAAAACAGAUUCUGUUUGUUUUUCUAGUCUGCCAAAUCGGUUAGCCUCCUAUUUCUGGCUAUGCUUGCUUUUACUCUCUACUCCUCUAUCUGUUUUAAAACACAAACUUCUCUUGUGAUAGUUGAGGAUUUAAGACUUUGAAAAUCUUGAUUUUAUAGGAUUUUAUACUGACUCAUCUUCAGUGAACAUGAUUAUCGCCCAGUUCGUAAACCAUACAUGCCACUAUCGACAACAGCCGACAGAGUCGACAGGGAUGAACUCCUGCCGCCAGCGGUCCCAUCAUUUCUCAUUUGUCCUCCCAACAGCUGCCAACGAGUGAUAAAGACAAAAAACUAUCUUCUCCCUCACUGCAUUUGCUCUUUAUAUAUUGGAUAAUGGUUUUUUUUUCAACUGUAUCAAUCAGUUUCUUUCUCAUACAGUUUUUAAGAUUUACCGUGCAAGUAAGGGCUGGGGUUAAGAAUGCUUCAAUCUCAUUUCUAAGUGGCUUUCUCUCCCCUCUUCCCUUCGUUCCUUUGCACACCAUAUUGGUUAGAGAGUGCAGAGUAUUUAUUGCUCACUUCUUGACUGUUCAUGCGAUGAAGGGAGACGGUGUACAAAGACGCUUAAAAGGCAGAAACUGUAGAGAUACACUUAAACUUCUCAGCUCUAUGCCCCCCCCCCCCCCCCGACCCUGAAGUACCUCAAACUGCCAUAUUCUGCCCCCAAUGUCCCUCUACUCUCCAAAGAGCGGAGUGGGAAGUAGAGACAAGAUGCCUAAAGUAGUCUUUCUGUGCCUGAAACACAGUUUGGCCUGAAGCGGCUUGAAAAGCUGCCUUAACCCUCUGCUCGGAGGCCUCGACUCACUUCCUCUGGCCUACUCUGAUGUCACUUUAAUGUUGUCACCUUAAGAGUGGUUUAGCGAUUUGGGUCCCUGGCUGGUGUGUCAGUAAACUGCAGUAGAUGAGAGUAUGUGCGUCGUGACAGGGCCUCUUUAGUGCGAUUGUUACACCUUUUUAAACGGAUAGUGUGAAAGACUUGGACGUCUUUGAGGAGGGGCCCUGAGAGCGUGAGACAGCGAUUGGAUAUUAUCCUGGAGAUGUAACCGUCGUUGCAUGUGCCCCUGAUGUGUUCCCAAAGUUUUCUUUCAUUGGACCUACCACAUUAAACCUUAUCAGGGGAGGGGAUUUUUUAAUAACUGGAUAUGUUCCUUGUUUUUUUUUUCGCAUUGUUUCUAAGAGGCAGACAUUUGUUUUUAUUAUGCAAAUAUUUGUAAAGGUUUCUUCCUCUUUUUGUACAUGACAUCACUAUUGUACACACUGUAUAUAGUCAUAGCAUCUGCGACAACAAUCACUAAAAAAAGAUUUAGAGAAGGCAUGGCUCCUGUAUGCAGAUAAAUGGACAUCCUCUUGUUUUUAAUGUCUUCCUCCAGAGGGAAGGAGCACUUGGCUUGAUAGGGGAACUUAUAGUGGUUGUCUGGCAUGUUUAUAACCACAUCAACUUCCAUAUGUCUAACAUUGAGCUGUGGACACAAUAAAGUCAUGCCAUUCUUCACA